UUGUUUUGUCGUGUUAGGGCGCCAAUUAGUAGCUAUUACUUUAGCCUAGAUUAUCACACUAGUACUUAUCUCAUUUUAUAUUUCUAUUUCAGUUAUCAGAAAGUAAUAAAACAUAUACUGCAGAGCGGUGAGUUGUGCGAAGUUGCACAAAAAAUGCUGGAACCAGUAAAUCCGGGCCCAGGCGCCAGGCCAUCUGCAGUCGCAGCAUUCAAGGCUGCUGCUGAUAAAUGGCGACGCGACGCAUUGGAGUUUGCUUCGCGAGCUUACUGUACUUCGAGACAAGAACUUAAUCUUCUAAGUCGUUUAAAACAUUCGAAUAUCGUCUGUCUUAUUGGGGUUUGUGUUUCCCCUCUCUCCCUCAUAUUCGAACUUGCUCCUCUUGGAGCUCUAAAUCAGCUUUUGGCCAGCCAUAGAAAAAGCGGUGCUCGUCUGGGCCUUUCUGUUCUUCGGGAUUCAGCUGUGCAGGUGGCCAAGGCUCUCGAGUAUUUACACUCGGCACACAUCAUUUAUCGGGAUCUCAAGAGCGAAAAUGUUUUGGUGUGGCGAUUCCCAUCCCCAUUCGGGCCUCAAACCGAC